CGCCUCCGCGCCAUCCUCUCGCGAGAGCUGCCGGCGGAAGGGGCGGUUCCGGAAGUGCCGCGGCCGAGCGCGACAGCGGCCCGCCCGCCGCCCGCAGACCCCUGGCCAUGGACGACACCCUGUUCCAGCUGAAGUUCACUGCGAAACAACUGGAGAAGCUGGCCAAGAAGGCGGAGAAGGACUCCAAGGCUGAACAGGCCAAAGUGAAGAAGGCUCUGCAACAGAAGAAUGUGGAAUGUGCGCGAGUGUAUGCCGAGAAUGCCAUCCGCAAGAAGAACGAAGGCGUGAACUGGCUCCGCAUGGCGUCCCGGGUGGAUGCUGUGGCCUCAAAAGUGCAGACAGCUGUGACCAUGAAGGGGGUGACCAAGAACAUGGCCCAGGUGACCAAAGCCCUGGACAGGGCCCUGAGUGCCAUGGACCUGCAGAAGGUCUCUGCGGUGAUGGACAGGUUUGAGCAGCAGGUGCAGAACCUGGAUGUGCACACUUCGGUGAUGGAAGACUCAAUGAGCUCGGCCACCACACUGACCACACCACAGGAGCAAGUGGACAGCCUCAUUGUGCAGAUCGCUGAGGAGAAUGGCCUCGAAGUCCUAGACCAGCUGAGCCAGCUGCCCGAGGGUGCCUCAGCCGUGGGUGAGAGCUCCGUGCGCAGCCAGGAGGACCAGCUGUCGAGGAGGCUGGCCGCCCUGAGGAACUAGGCCGCCCUCCACCUGGAGGGGAGGAGGACGGCCGCCCCUGCCUUUCUGCUGACUGUGGCCUCACUGUUCUCCGCCCACCUGCCAGCCCGGAGUCCUGCCAUGUGCCCACAGUGGGCGCCUGUCUCUGCGACUACACAAACUUCUGACGUCUCUGGGUAAUUCCCAUGUCUCUGGGCCGGCCAGUUGGGGACGCACAGACCCCUGUCCCCUGAUCCCCAGGCAUGGACAGGAGCUAGCCAGCGGAUGCCUAUAUUAUCAGUGUGUGUGCAGUGUGCUUCCGCGGUUCUAGGACCACCCCUUUCCAGGCCCCCAGAGGCCUGCCCUCAGAGAUCUGAGGAGACCACCCAGGGACAGAGUGGGAGGGCCCAGGGGGGCCUGGGCAAUCAGCCGCCUCCAGACAUACGUGCCUGCGUCCAGCGGACCCUGCUAACCCCCCAUACUUCAACCGUGGGCUUCCACCUUCUCCUCCACUGCCCUGCGGGCGUCCAGUCUUCAGUGAGGUCCUGUCACUGUAGAGAGUGGACAUCCCCUGACCAUGACCAUCAGAGUUGCUGGGGCCCAGUGACCGUCCCCAGACGCCCGCCUGGGACAGCCUACCCUGUGCCUCUCUCCCAGUCCCCGAUGUUGACUGUCCUCUCGCUGUUUUCACGGUUUCUCUUUGGGUUUUAUUUUUGCCAAAAUGGAAGGAUUUUGGCACCAGGCUGCAUCCCGGGCUGAGCACCUGCUCCGAGCAAGGUGCUCAGCCCAGUAGGCCAGGCCAGAGCCUUCCACACACCCAGCAGACCCCCUGUGCCAGAGACCCCUGUAAGAGGCUGUGGCUUUCCAGUCUGCUAUGUUGAACAGCGGGUGCAGCCUCUCAGUCCCCAGGGGCUCAGAGCGUCCUGGAGCCCCAUGCUCAAGUAGGGGGGGUGUGGGUGGGGGCUUUGUAAAAGGCAGCAGAGCUGCCCCUCGUCCUGAACUGGUGUUGUGAAUAAACGAUUGUUCCUGA